AUGGUUGAAUAUUUGACUAAUGAGCCGUAUCCGUUCAAAAAUGUGAAACCGUCGUUCAUGGGGUAUACAACCGUCGAGUGAUGUUGAGUUUUCAAAUGUUUCUCGUUUUUACAGUGGAGUUCUGAUGCUCGACCCGCGGGAAACAUUCGAAAAGUACGAGAGAAGGUCUCCGCAGCCGCCAAACGGUUAGUCAGUGUUCGGCGAUCCGUGAAAUCGCAAAUGUCCUUUUUUCAGAGCGAAGGGAGUAUCUGGCGUGCGAGUAUCGGAGAGAACCAAUCCAGCAGGAACAGAGUGAGUAGAACGAAAUUAUUAUGACAACAAAAAUAGAGGCACCAUUUGCAGGUCGCUUCUCAACUCCAAUUAGAGAUGACGCGAGACUCGCUUGUGAAUACAGAAGAGAUCUUCCUCCGGACCGAGGUAUCUUUAUCUUUAUCGUAAUUAUUCCUCUAAAAACUUUCGUUUUCAGGUCAAUUGGCAUGUGAACUGAGAUCCCGUCCAACAACCACAAUCACCACGUACUUGCCGGAGAACAACAAGAGAAAGUGUGAGUUUAUUUCGUCCUGAAACGCUUCAGAAGCUCCCGGGUUUCAGGGCCCAUCGGCUGGAUCGUCUGCAUUGCCGUGUGCGUUCCGAUCCUCAUCGCCAUCAUAAUAUUCGCCGCUGUUUGGCUCCAAGAAGUCGGCAUCAUCUAA